UAGCGCCCCGCGUCACUCCCCGCAUUCCGCAAGUGUAUUGAUCUCAGUCCUGCAUCGACUGUGACCAACGACCGACCUGUGACCGACCAACAGCACGUGCUGGGGUCAGGAUCAGAUUUGCCGCCAAAUUUCUUGAGGACCUGCUCAGUGUUGGAUUACAUACACGUCAACAGUUUGGCUUGGAGAGUACACGACUGAUUCUAGCGGUGGUACAGUGAUGUAAAAACGUUUCUAAAGAAUCGGAACCAUCGGCCAAGUUGUUUUUAUAAAUCGUCAAAAGGACAACCAGCACCACAUUCAGCACCACCAGAACGACAACAUAGCCUGCACCACAACAACGACAAAAUGUUCCGCUAGACGCCCUUGACGCAAGGAAACUUGUCAUUUGUUGCUUCAAAUUUUUGUGACGCUAUUCUCAUCUCCGUCACGCCAAGAUGCGGCGCUGUUAAAAUCUACCAAACUACGUCACCUACCUGUAGAAAGUACAACUACACUAACAUAAAAUGUCUUUCUUUUCCGGGGGAAAACCCAAGGAAAAAGACCCCUUCGCCACGAAAACCCAGUUUUACGUGGAGUUUCUGGGGUGGAUGGAGUGUAGGGGGGUCAGGGGUCAUAUGUACACGGAACCGGUCAUACAGGAGUUGAAACAGAGGAACCGGAAGCCGGAGAGACCGCCCACAUUAACCAUACAAGUGAGCAAGAAGGACCUGAGGAUCACCCAAGAGGUGGAGGACCACAAGAAGAAAGGCAUCAAGAAGAUCAAGUUCCCCACCAUCCCGGCCAGGGACAUCACCUACGUGUACCAGGCACGCCACCCCGACGGCCGGCUGGACGACAUCGUGGCCUGCAUCUACCUCGGCUACAUGCCCCGGACGCAGAAGCUCGUCCACGUCCACGUCUACCGGUUCGACGAGGCGAACACGGCGAACCUGUUCGCGCGUCAGAUCGGGGUGCUGGUGGAGGGCAACAGGCAGCACAUCCUGGACAUCGAGAACAGCCUGGCCAUGAAGGGCGAGAUCGACGAGCCAAGCCUCAUCACGCUCGACGCCAUCCUCGAGCACCACACCACCGACUCCGCCGUCGGCUCGGCCUCCAGCGCUUACAGCGACGACGAACCUCCGACUUUCGGCAGCGACGAGAUCGACCCUGACCUUCAAAGUUUAAAUGACGUCAUACCUUUCGACAACGUCGCCGACGAGCUGCGCUUCCGGUUUAAGCUGGAGGAUUCCCCGCUUCUGCUCCCGCCAAAGGAUUACGAUACCAUUAGCCGCGCGCACGGAAAUCUGGCCAAAAUCAACCAGAGGCGUUGUCUGAACAUGAACAUUGUCGGCCCGAUGGCCAUCAAGGAGAGCUUGUCCAAGGAGAGCGGCGUGGAUUCCAUCUCCCCCACAAGCGACACGUCCAGCACUAAAACCGACUUCAAAACCUCACCCAAACAGCAGCACAAAUCUUCCCUACCUCAGCACGGGGUUCUGACCAAACAGACGUCGAAAGAAUCCAUGCAGAUACCUCUAAAAAAGGAAUCCACCAAAGGCAGCCAGCACUCCGGCAGUACCUCCCCGGGAACGCCCCCGAAGUCCGGGAAAGAUUUUGUGUACCCUCCCAAAGUGAAGAGCCCGCCCGCCAGCCCUAAGCUGUACCGUCAGCCCGUCCGGCAGAAUUCCCAACCCACCCGACCCCAGCCCGACCCCCGGUACCGAGACGACCCCCCGGCCCACUACUACCCCAACAACGACUCGGAUGACGUGUACACCAGGCACAACAAACUCUCCCGACCCCCCGGGGACCUGCUCGACGAAAUCCCCCCGGACUACAACGACGAUGACGUCAUUGACUCCCACAACGGCCGCUUCUAUCAGCCCGUGCUCACGCGCAGCAUGCCCGCUGACGUCAUUCGCGCUGAGAUGGGCGGCGGCUCCAGGCCCAACAGUGGGGACUCGCGGCCCAACCGGCGCAACGGCUCCGUGCCCUACCCUGGCGACUACCCCCCAGCCAACCAGAACAACUACCCCCCAGCCAACCAGAACAACUACCCCCCAGCCAACCAGAACAGCUACCCCCCAGCCAACCAGAACAACUACCCCCCAGCCAACCAGAACAGCUACCAACCCAGGCGCGUAAACUCCACUAAAAAAUAACGUGAAAACAAUGUACACCUGCCAACCUGACAUCCCUACAGCUGCCAACCUCACAUCCCUACAGCAAUCAUUCAAAACAAACAACAAUCAUGGAACAUUUCGAUACUGCAUCAGAUUCCUACAUCGUCAUCGAUUUUUUAACAUCGACCAAUAUUCCGAAAUCAAUGUACAUUCCGAUAUAGGAUACACGUUCUGAAUCAACAAACCGAAAAUAAACAUCAUUCCACCAUUGAUCGAAUCCAUCAACAAGUUAAACCAAUUAACAAACCAACUAAUCGACGUUCCAAUAUAAAACAGGAUUUAAAAUGUAUUCAACAUCCCCAGUUCAUUAAUGCAUUAUCUAAUAACUUAAUGUUGUGAAUCUUAUGGUAGGAACGGUGGAAAAACAAAUGACCACGGCAAAACGACACUGAUGUGUUUAAAUUUUGUUAUUUUAUUUUUUUAUAUUUUGUUGUUUGUUAAUUUUUAACUCAUUAUACAUUUUAAAACUUUAAACUUUAUUGUAAAUAGAAGCAGAUUUGUAAAAACACAAGGAUCUUCGACAUGAUUAAAGAAAAUGUAUAACAGACAAACUAUAAACCACUGAGUAAUAUAUAAAAAUAUAUUUGUGUGAGUUUGUAUGUGUAUGCGUGUGUGUUUGGCGAAUAUUUUUCACCAUUGGAUUUGACAUGUUUCCGAAAGUUUUACCCAUUUCUAUAAACUGAAUGCUAGAUCAAGAUUACUUUUUUUUUUUAGAAAAUAGUUUUAAAAUUUUUCUUCGAACCCUUUUGACUUUGUUAUAAUAUUUUGAUCACUAUAUACAACUUAUUGACGUAUUGACCGUAACUAAAUUGAAUGUUUAAACUAUUAAUAUUUUCUUAACAUUGCUGUUUUCUAAUGUCAGGUUUGUGUGUAUUGAUCAAUCCUUUGAAAUUUCCUAUGUAACAUAAUUUUUUAUACCAAACUAUCCCCUCCCCCCCCCCCCCCACAUCCCCCAAAUAUACGAUUGUUUUUUUUAUCGUAAACUAGAAUUGUCUUUUUAGCGUUCACCAAAAUCAAAACAUAUUUUAAAAUGUUAUUCAAAGGUUCAAAUAACAAUAUUAAUGCGGUUAUUUAUUUAUUUAUUUUUUGUGGGGGGGGGGGGGGGGGGGAGGUGGGGGGAUACCAAUAGGUUAAUGUUUUUGGAAAAAGCAAUGAAUGAUGAAUUUAAAGAAAUUAAUAAUGAAUUU